AUAAAAGGGCUCAUUCUUCUGUGGUUCAAAUAAGCGAGAGAGAGAGAGAGAGAGUGUCAAAUUGUUAAAAAAGCAGUUUGUCUUGCUCGUGGGCACGAGGCGGCCACAAAAAGGUUCAUUCAUGGCCGGGACGAGGCCGGUGAAACCGUCAGACGCAAAAGCGCCGGCCGUUCUCACGAGUCACGCGAGACCUCGGUGCGUCGAGACUCUGACAUCUGUCCGUUGACCUUCGGCGGUGGUGGGAGGUCAGGGUCCAGCUAGGGUUUCUGUGCAGACCAACAAUGACAAUGUGUAUUCCAGGAAAUUGUUUUCCAACAGUCUAUUCUCUUCAUUUGGUAGCGUUUCUCUUGGCUGCACUGCUUCAACUACGCGUAUGUGGAUUUUUUUUUUUUGUCCAAUCAGAGUUCAGCCUCUGUGUUGUCAUGUCGACCUAACCCUAACCGCAUUCUAGUAGCAUAAUGUUAGCAUUUGGAGCUAACAACGACAGCAUUGCGUUAUUCUGCAAAUAGUAGCGUCGCCAUGUACCUGGAGAACAAAAGCAACCUGGACCUGGAAAUGUCGCAGGCCUCGGCGCCCGCCCGCCGAGGCGCGGGCAAUUUCGCCGAGCUGCGCCUGCUGCAGGGAAUUUCGGAGCGGCGGGAGACGCAGAAGCCGCGGCAACAGUCGGCCGGCGUCCGCGCCGACGGCUUCGAAGACAGGCACAAUUUUACCGCGGUUAAUAUUCUCACCGGCAAAGCGAAUUCGGCCAGCACCUCAGAACGGUCGCCUCUGCUCAGGUUCUCGCGAGAUGACAGCACGGCCUACAUGAGCAUGCACGAUCCCGGCUUCUACGGCGGCGAGGAGCCUUGGGACAGCGGCGGCGUGGAGCUGGAGAGGAGGUACCGCCUGGGCAGCGAGGUGACCGGCCUGUCGCUGCUGCGCUCCGACUCGUCGGACAAGAGCGACGCCCUCGAGCACCUCGGCGUCGGCUUCAAGGUCGCCAGCGGUCUCAAAUGCUGUUUCCGCGUCUCCAAAGUGGCCACCAUCUUCGCUCUGGUCGUUUUGUGCACUCUGUUCUUCAGCAUGUAUCCCGACCGGGACAACCCUCGGAGGAUGUUGGCCGUCUCGGCGAGCGACAGCUUCUCGAUGAACCUGACGGACUUCGGGGACAACGCUCUGCUGAAGCUGCAGGUGGGAGGCCCGUUCGGCGGCGGCGGCGGCGGCGGCGCGGCCGACCCGGCCGGCCGGGAGUACGUCCUCGUCCGGGUGGAGCAGACCGAGCCGCCGGGCCAGCGGAGGAGGAGGGCGCAGCAGGUGCUUUACAACUGGACAAUUCCUCUGCACGGCGAGCGAAGCGACCAACUGCUGCUGACCAAAACCUUCGAGAUGCUCAGCGGCGACCCGAUCGUCAUCACGGCGCAGGCGUUCACGACGGACGACGAGGCGGUGCCGCUCUCCAUCACGCACCAGUCGCUCUACGUCAGCGUGGAGACGCAGGUGGCCGUCGCCGGCGUCAUCCUGGCGGGCGUCUACGUCCUCAUCAUCUCCGAGAUCGUCCAUCGCACUCUGGCGGCCAUGUUGGGAUCUUUGGCGGCCUUGUCCGCUUUGGCCGUCAUCGGCGACCGACCCAGUUUGGUCCAGGUGGUGGAAUGGAUCGACUACGAGACGCUGGCUCUCCUCUUUGGCAUGAUGGUGCUGGUGGCCAUUUUCUCCGAGACGGGCUUCUUCGACUACUGCGCCGUCAAGGCCUACCGCCUCUCCAAAGGUCGAGUGUGGCCCAUGAUCAUCAUCCUGUGCCUCAUCGCCGCCAUCCUCUCCGCCUUACUGGACAACGUGACCACCGUGAUGCUCUUCACCCCCGUCACCAUCAGGUUGUGCGAGGUGCUCAAUCUGGACCCCAGACACGUGCUGAUCGCAGAAGUCAUCUUCACCAACAUCGGCGGCGCGGCCACAGCCGUGGGCGACCCGCCCAACGUCAUCAUCGUGUCCAAUCAGGACCUGCGCAGACAAGGCAUCGACUUUGCCAACUUCACCGGCUACAUGUUCUUGGGAAUAUGCCUGGUCCUGUUCACGUCCUUCCCCUUCCUGCGCAUGCUCUACUGGAACAAGAAGCUCUACAACAAAGAGUCGAUGGAAAUAGUGGAGCUCAAGCACGAAAUUCUGGUGUGGAGGCAGACGGCGCAGCGCAUCAAUCCGGCCAGCCGCGAAGAGACGGCCGUCAAAUGUCUCCUCAUGCAGAAAGUCCUCAACCUGGAAGGUCUGCUGCGCAAGAUGAUGAAAACCUUCCAGAGAGAAAUUUCCCAAGAGGACAAGAACUGGGAGCAGAAUAUUCAAGAGCUGCAAAAGAAGCACAGAAUCGGCGACAAGGCGCUCUUGGCGAAGUGCGUGUCGGUGCUGGCCGUGGUGAUCUUCGUGUUCUUCGUCAACUCCUUCGUUCCCGGCAUCCACCUGGAUCUCGGUUGGAUCGCCAUCCUGGGCGCGCUGUGGCUCUUGGUCCUGGCCGACAUUCAGGACUUUGAGAUGAUCUUGCACCGCGUGGAGUGGGCCACGCUGCUCUUCUUCGCUGCCCUCUUCGUCUUGAUGGAGGCUCUGGCCCAGCUGCAGCUCAUCGACUACAUCGGCGAGCAGACGGCGCUGCUCAUCAAAUCCGUACCGGAGGACCAGCGCAUGGCCGUCGCCAUCAUCUUGGUGAUGUGGGUGUCCGCCCUGGCUUCUUCUCUCAUCGACAACAUCCCCUUCACCGCCACCAUGAUUCCAGUCCUCAUCAACUUGAGUCAGGACGCAGACGUCAACCUGCCGGUGAAACCGCUCAUCUUUGCCUUGGCCAUGGGAGCGUGCCUCGGCGGUCAGCCUCACCCCCGUCAAAACUAUGAACUAACGGUUUCCGUAGUCCUGGUAACUAAACAAUCAACUAACAUAGAACAUGAGAACAUAACCCUCUUCCUCUACAAAUCAGUUACGUCUACCUACCUACCUACAUCCUGGUUACUAACUAACCCUUGGUCAUGUGUUCCAUGUAACUCUGAUGACCUACUAACUCGGUAACAGAUACUUUUGUGUGUGCGUGUGCGC